AUGGAGUCCGGGCUGACCAGCAAAGAAAAGAAGAGGAAGAUCAAACAGGCCACUGUGAUCUCCCAAAUCUCGACCGACCUUCCACCAGCAGAAGACGAUCCUGUGAUCAGCUUCCAAAAGAAAGAUCUACUUGGCCUCGACAUGCCACAUAACGAUGCCCUUGUCAUCAGCAUUCAAAUCGCCCAGGCCAUGGUCGACCGAAUCCACGCAGGCGAAGGCAGCGUAACCAAUAUCCUGCAACUGGCGGUCAUCCAGCAGAUGGGCUUGGAAACAAAGAUCAACAAAUCAGCCAGAUCGCUGACCGGCUUUAAUGGUGCAACAACGGUUACCGUGGGCACGAUAGACCUCGACGUCUACUCCCCACUUGUAAUUAGCUCGCAAACAUUUAUGGUCAUUAAUGAGGUCUCACCAUACAAUGACAUUCUUGGCAGAUCAUGGAUAGGCAAGAUGAAUGCCAUCACCUCCAUUGCACAUCAGAAAAUUCGAUACCCAAUCCCAGGGGGUGGUGUCGGCCAAAUUAACAGCGAUCAAGUAAUGGCGAGGAAAUGCUCCACCUAA